CCAAGUAAAGCGGAGAAGAAGAUGCCCCACGCCUCCGCGGGUCUGCGGUCUUGGAGACAGAGGAGCAGGAGCUGCUGGGGAGGAGGUUCCUCAGAGAUCACUGGAGAACGCUUACAGAUCUUCUGGUUUUAAUAGACGCGACGUAAAACAGAAAAUAAUGAUGUCCUGUUGCGAGUCACCUCCUGCUCCUAGUGUCAACCUUCCUACGCAGCUGAAAUCUACUUCUGCAAACAUGUCAGGAGAUGCCUCCGAAGAGGAAUACCACCUGCAGCUGACAUCAGAGGAGAUUAAAUGUGAAAACAUUGAGUCCGGAAUAAGCUCCAGCACUCCGGAAGAGUCGUCCAUUACCGUCUAUGCCAAGACAUCUCCCAGACAAACGAAGACCAGUGCAGACAAGAAGAGAACUCACCACUGCUCAGAUUGCGGGAAGAGUUUUAUUCAGCUAUGCCAUCUCCAAGUUCACCAACGCAUUCACACCGGAGAAAAGCCGUAUCCCUGCUUGGAGUGUGGAAUGAGAUUUAAUCUGCAGAGUAAUCUCUCAAAACACAGGCGCAUUCACACUGGAGAGAAACCGUAUACCUGCUCAGAGUGUGGGAAGAGUUUCCGAGAAAGAGGUACCCUGAAAAAACAUGAGCGCGUUCAUACGGGAGAGAAACCAUACUGCUGCUCAGUGUGUGGAAAGAGCUUCAAUCAACAAAGUAGUUUUCAAAUCCACCAGCGAAUUCACACCGGAGAGAAGCCAUAUGACUGUGCGGUGUGUGGAAGAAGUUUUAGGGACCGAGGAACCCUCAAAAAACACAAGUACGUCCACACAGCAGAGAAGCCGUAUCACUGUUCAGACUGUGGAAGGAAUUUCAGUCAGCAGGGUACCCUCCAAAAACACCAGCGCAUUCACACAGGAGAGACACCGUAUCACUGCUCGUACUGCGGGAUGCGUUUCAAACAGUACAGUAGUCUCCACCUGCACCUGUACAGUCACAUAGAGGAGAAGCCGUACUGCUGUUCAGAAUGUGGGAAGGGUUUUACUCUACAGACAACUCUACAAAGACACCAGAGAAUCCACACAGGAGAGAAGCCGUACUAUUGCUCUGAGUGUGGGCGGAGCUUCAGGCAUUCCAACACUUUAAAGAAACAUAAGUGCAUUAAGGUUGAUGUGAGAACUCCUGACAUUCAUGACACUCAUGAUUCGUGAGAAGUGUAGCUUAUAUUGGAAUCAUCUAGACCUGUUCUUAGUGACAGUUAAUCAAGUUACCCAUUGAUGGUGAAAGGUCGCUGGUUUGAACAAAUAACAUUUAUUUAUUUCAACCGUUUUAAAGUUCAGUGUGUUCUCUACUCACUACAUAGAGAUGCUACAGGUCAGGAUCUUCUUCUUGAUACCAAGCAGUGAUGCUGCAGGUCAUGACAAGCUGUACAAUACCAGACUGCAAUGCUACAGGUCAGAAUUCUCCUUAUAAUAUCACACAGUACUUCUACAGGUCAGGGUGUUCUCUACAAGACACUACACAGUGAUGCUGCAGGUUAGAAUGUUCUACAAGAUACCUGACAAGGAUUCUACAGAAGCCCUUAGAUAGCAGACAGUGGUGCUACAGUUUAGGAUGUUUUCCAUGACACCACACAGUAAUGCUACAGGUCAGUAUCUUCUUGAUACCAGACAGUAAUGCUACAGGUUAGAAAACUUCCAUGAGAGCAGAUAGUAAUGCUACAGGUCAGGAUCUUCUUGAUACCAGACAGUAAUGCUACUGGUUAGAAAACAUCUAUGAUACCAGACAGUAAUGCUACAGGUCAGGAUCUUCUUCUUGAUACCAGAUAAUAAUGCUACAGGUUAGAAAACUUCUAUGAUACCAGACAGUAAUGCUACAGGUCAGGAUCAUCUUCUUGAUACCAGAUAAUAAUGCUAUUGGUCAGGAUCUUCUUCAUUCCAGGCAGUAAUGCUACAGGUUAGGAAACCUCUAUGAUAGCAGAUAGUAAUGCUGCAGGUCUGGAUCUUCUGCUAACGGACAGUGAUGAUACCAGUCGAGAUGUUCUCCUUGAUACCAGACAGUGAUGCUACAGUUCAGAUCAUUCUGUAUAGUAUCAUACAGUGAUGGCACAAGUAAGGAUAAGAGUGGGUGAUAUUAUAGUGCAGUGGUCCUACAGGUCAGGAUGUUCUCUAAGAUACCAGACAGUAAUAUUUAAGGUCAGUAAGUACUCCUUGAUACCAGACAUUGAUGCUGCAGGUCAUGAUGUUCUCUUUGAUUCUUUGAUGAUGGACAGUGAUGUUACAGGUCAGGUUGUUGUCUGUGAUGCAUCUUUAGAAUCGUAGGUGUGUGAAUGCUAAUUCUUUUCAGUCUUUUAGAAAGUAAGAACCUUGUGCCUUUAUCACCGGCUUAGGGAGCAUGAGAGAUCAUCAUUGAUGUGCACUCCCAGGAACUAGAAGUACUGCUGAUGAGCAGAACGUUGUGAGCCACAAACAUUCUGACAUCAGCAGUCAUCUCAUUUGUCUUGUUGACAUUUGUAGAUUGGAGAUUUGUUCUUGCACCAGACCUCCCUCUGUCCAGCUUUCCUCUGUAGGCUCUUCACUGUUGAUGAUGAUGCCCACAGUGAUUACUGUGAUAUGUGGCAAUAUAUUCAGCGAUGAGGAAGGAGUACAACAGAGAUCUCUGUAUACAAUUCUGGGGGGGUUCCAGUGUUUAGGGAGAUGAUUUGGUGCAGCAAAUUGUACAGCAGCAAAUAUGCUAUGGUCAGAAAAACGUAUAUCUGCAAAGUGCACCUGUGCAUUAGGUCUAUCUCAUAAUCUGGCAGCUCAGUGUACAAGGUUUUUGGAGUAGGUGCAAAUUGUACUAAAGCCUAGGAACCCCAAGGAAGUCAAUGGAACAGUAAGACUACAAACUAAAUAACAUGGUUCUUCAGGGGUUGUUUAGUAAUGGAAAUGGUUCUGUUUGGCACUACCAGUACUAUGUAGAACCAUUUCAUGCUUAAAUUUGUGAAAUGGUUCCAGUGAAGAAUGUGUUGUCCUAUUGUUACACGCCUUGACAUUUAUACAGUAGCAGAACCAUUUUUGGUGCCAUAUAGAACCAUUUUCAGAAAGAUUGCAUAUAGAAUCACGUACAUCAGUCUUCAUCAGUCUGAAGAACCAUUUCACUAUGCAAAGGACCAAUUAAGCAUGACAUGGUUCUAGGUAGAACUCAUGGUUCUAUGUAGAACCAUUGCCGUAACUAAAGAAAAUAAAGACGAAACUAUAGAAAACCAAGGGAGGGGGAAUCCUCACUAUCAAGAAGUGAAACCAUGAAGAAGCAAAACGUAAUUAGUGCAGAAAAUCUGAUGGCUACUGUAGGUUAUACAACACGCUUGGACAGGGAGGGGUGAUGGAGGGGACUCAGCUGGUUGCAAUCUGCAAACUCACCACUAGAUGACACAGAAUCUUACUGCACCUUUAAAAAUGUAUUUAAAUCAGAAUAUAUUUGAAUAUUUGUCAAACAAGGAAGCAGCCGUGUAUAUUCUCUGGAUGCUGUAUGUGUCUACAAAAAAAAAUGUUUUUUUAAGAAUCUUAUUUUCUUUUCCUGCUUCUGUCAAACUUCAAAACUUUUCUGACAAGUUCAAAAAAGAUCUGACAAGGACUCAUUUUUAUUACUAAAUUACCAUGUUGACUGUUUUUACAUUAACACUUUUAGCUGAUGUACUGUUUACAUUUAAGUGAAUUCAUGUUUUGUUUUUCUUCACCUAGUGUUUGUGA